CUCUCUCUCUCUCUCUAACAGCCUCCAUCCUCCUCCUCCUCUAGGUGCAUUUAAAGUAUUACCGGACGGAUCAUGGCGGACACGUUGAGGAGACUGACCAACACGUCCUCCUUCAGCGUCCUACAGGACAAACUGGACAGCUGGAACAAAGACUACCAUGUUAUUUCCUGUGACCAGAAUCUAAACAGAUGUUGUGAGCUGGUUGAACUCACCGCCAAGAUCCAGGGCCAACUGUUCACCAUCCUCAACCUCGCAGCUGCUGAAGGUGGACACUAUGCUGGAGUGGACACACUCAAAGCGCGCCUGCUGCCUUGGCUUGGCACCUGUUUCUCCAUGGCGACGCCCUCGGUCACUGUCGACACCAGUCUGCAGCUCAUCCAGGAAUCAGUGGAGAAGGACCGGAUGAUCAGGGAGCUUUCUGCCUCCCAUGACAACGACAUUCGGAAGCUGUCCUCCACUUGCCUGCAGUUGGACUCAACCAGAGCAGAAUUGGCCGAUGCUCAGAAGGAACUGGAUCAGACAAAAUGCAAAUCAGCAACCACUCUGCUGGCCACUGAAGAUGAAAUAUUGCAGCUGAAAGCAGAUUUGCGAUCUGCACACGAGGAGGUGGAGAUUUACAAAAGGAAGCUGGAGGCUCUUGAUGACUACGAGCGGCAGAUCCGCUUGCUGAAAGAUGAAGUGUCCUACCUGAGCACAGAGAAGGCCCUGCUGCAGGAGAGGUUGGUGCAAAGUCGUUCUCCGAGCCCCUUGCCGAGGCUCAAUCGUUCUCCGAGCCCCUUGCCGAGGCUCAAUUGUUCUCCGAGCCCCUUGCCGAGGCUCAGUCGCUCCUCCAGCCCCAUGAGGAGCCAGUCGCCCACCAGAGCUCAGCUCACCAACUCCUCCCGCUACGCCCGCCUCGUGUCACGCUUCAGUGACCUGUACGCUGAGGAGCGUCUGGAGACCCAGACCCUGCUGCAACGCUACAUUGUCGACUUAGAGAUGGUCCAGAAAAUCAUCUUCAUUGCUGUCGUGGAAUCCUUUAAGACAGCAAAACUGGCUUACCGUCAGUUCAAGCUGCGCGUGAGGAAGUCGUUGUCCUCGUCCCACUUUGGGCUGGAAAGUCUGGAGGACGCAGCUGUGGACUACAUCGUCAGAAACCUGGACCUCUACGACGUUCAGACCAGCAUCAAUGAUGUGAUCAACACCAUGAAUGUGAACCCUCGGAUCUCUUUCCCACCAGAGGUGGACUUUACCCUCAUCAGCGCCCUGAUCAGGGAGACAUGCAGGGUGGCGUUUGCCAUGCAGACGUUGGACCCCCCGCUGGACUUGGCCUUCGCAAGUGAUGGAGAACUUCACAGCGAGAGCAAGUAUCGUCGCAGCUAUGACUCGGAGUUGAGCGCUCCUCUGGUGAUGUACCACCUGUGGCCAGCGUUGGUGGAAGGAGACGCCGUGGUGGUGAAGGGCGAGGCCGUGACGAGAAGGAGCGCUGUGUGGAGUAGAAGCCGGAGUGUCAGCCCGAUCCGCUCCCGCUCUCUCAGCCCAACUCGCAGUCUCGCAUUUAAGAGCCAAAGAAGCCUGUCUCCUGACCGUCUCAGAGCUAGCCACCUGUGAACUCUGGACAAGGAUUCACACCUGUACCUCAUGUCAGUGAAUUAAAGUUUUUGAGGUAUUUUCAUCUGUAUGAUCACACUUGUGCUUCCACCAAAUAAAGCAAUGAAAUCCUUAAAUACUGCACCAUCCAAAA